CUUUUGUACUUCCACCUAUUGAUGGUGGUUCAAUAUCAGGUUUGAGCAAUGCAAGUUAUAUUUUAUCUUCUUGGCUGAUUCCUUCUUAGUUAAAAGCACAAAUAGUUACAGAAAGGGGGACACUAUGAACAGAAGGACUUUGAUGUUGCAGAAUGACUGUGAAGUGGAUGUCUGUUCUGCUGUUUCUGCAGAUGAGUUGCUACUUCAGAUCUGGGAGCUGUGGGAAGGUGUUGGUAUGGCCAAUGGAAUACAGUCACUGGAUGAAUCUGAAGAUAAUACUGAAUGAAUUUGUACAACGUGGCCAUGAAGUGACAGUUCUGAGGCCUUCAUCUUAUGUCUUUCAUGAUCCCAAAAAAGCAUCUGGUCUUAAAUAUGAGACAUUUCCUACAACCACCAAUAAUGACAAAGUAGAACAUUUUUUUACUGAAUGGGUCAAUAGGUGGAUAUAUGAUGUUCCAAAAGAUACAUGUUGGAGAUAUUACCCAUCAUUUAACAUACUAUUUGGGCAAUUUUCUGAUUUUAUGUUAAACCUUUGUAGAGAAGCAGUUUCAAACAAACAAGUUGUGGCAAAACUACAGGAAUCCAAGUUUGAUGUUCUUUUGUCAGAUGCUAUUUCCUGUGGUGAGCUGAUAGCUGAGUUACUCCAAGUACCCUUUAUAUAUAGUCUUCGCCAUGCUGGUGGCUACGGAUUAGAAAAGUUUAGUGGGGGACUUUUAUUCCCUCCCUCUUAUGUGCCUAUAGUUAUGUCAAAGUUAAGUGGCCAAAUGUCGUUUAUGGAGAGAAUACAAAAUAUAAUAUGUCUGUUUUAUUUUGACCUUUUGUUUGAGUCAUUUCCUGCUAAGGAUUGGGAUCCAUUUUUCACUGAAAUUUUAGGAAGACCUACUACUAUGGUUGACACAAUGAAGAAAGCAGAAAUGUGGCUCAUUCGCUCCUACUGGGAUUUAGAGUUUCCUCGCCCAACCUUACCAAACAUUGAGUUUGUUGGAGGUCUUCACUGCAAACCUGCCAAACCCUUGCCUGAG